AUGAACAACACAAAUCGUAACAAGGUCUAUUCACUAUCUAAUAGAUGUAAAGAUCAGAUACAAAAAUGUAUAAUAUAUUACUUUGAUACUGAAGACAAAUUACGAUCAACUCGAGAUUUUAGCCAUAUAACCAAAGAAGUUGCAUACAAUAGGAUGCUUUAUGAAUUGUCUACAAUAGAUUAUCGUUUUUAUGAGGAUUGGGAUGCACGAAAACGUAAAAGACAACAAAACAAGAAUGAUUGGAAAACCUUUGCUGUUCCUACUAUAGCAAUGAUGCUCUCUGUAUUAUAUAUGCAACAGGAAUUAUAUCUACCUUCCAAUGAUGAGUCUGUCGAUAACAAAUAUUUCGAAUCUAAUGAGACAGAUGAUAAACAUAAUAAAGUGACACCCGCAAUUGCAAAAUUACGUAUGCUGUGUGCAAACUAUAUUUGGAGAGGUUGGUGCUUCGAACGACUUUGGGGCCCACGUGUAGGUGUAAUUUUAAUUUCAACUAUCGUAGAAACUGUAGAGAAGGUCCUGGUUAUCUCAUACGUCAGCGAUAAACCUGAAAGAAAUUUUAAUGUUGGAUUCCCUAAAGGUAAGCCCAAUAUUGGAGAAACUAUCAGAGAAGGAGGGUUUCGUGAACUUUUUGAAGAGGGUGGAGUAAAUAACCUUCGUGACAGUCUCUCAGCCGCUUUUGAAACUGGUAAAAUAAUUAAAAAAUAUCCAUAUAUUGGUUCUAUCAGUCAACGUCAAUGUCGAACACAUUAUUAUGUCAUAGCAACGACAACUACCGAAUGUACACCAUCUGAAAUAGACUCGAGAGAAAUUUGGAAUGCUGAAUGGCAUAGUAUUUACACACUACCAUGUUGUGGCACGUGCAAAAUAGUACGAAAAUUCACAUUCAUUAAGGGCGAAGACAUACCAAUCAACUAUCAUAUGGUAACGUUACGAGAUAUUGAUGGACGAAAUUCUGCCGUUCUAGAAUUAUUGGCAUAUGUGGACGAAACGAAUGGUAAUAGAAAUGCCUUCGAUAAAUACAAUUAUUCUCAUCGUCAAUGCAACAGGAAUUCUUCAUAA